AUGGUUGGGACGAUCAAACACCUCUACAACAGUCGAUGGAUGGUUGCAUUGGCAAGUUUCUUCCUCAUGAUCUCCUCCGGAGGAUCACUCAACAAUUUCAGCCUCUUCUCGCAGCAUCUCAAGCUGUCCCUCGACUACAACCAAAAGAAUAUCAACACCAUAAGCUUCUUUAAGGACGUUGGCACCAGCGUCGGGAUUCUCUCCGGCCUCGUCUAUGAUCUCACCGGGCCCUGGGUCGUGCUCCUCCUUGGAUUCGCGCUAAACUUUGCUGGAUACUUCACGAUAUGGCUGGCUACAACGCAGAGAAUCGCCCAGCCCCAUGUCUGGGAACUGUGCUUCUAUCUCUUUAUGAUCGGCGCAUCGGCAGCCUUCACCACCACCGCUGUUCUUGUGGCCUGUGCCAAGAAUUUCCCCAAGAACCAGGGCAUGGUUCUUAGUCUUCUCGACAGUACGCAGGGAUUGAGCGUUGCGAUGUUCACGCUGCUUUACCAGGCCUUCUUCUCUCGCAGUGACGAUUCAUUCGUUCUCUUGCUGGCCUGGUUUCCAUCACUCUUGUGCCUUCUAUUCGCGUUUGUCAUUCGAUCCGUCCCACUCGACGGCCGCUACAAUGACUCGAGAACGCUCUUCGCCUUCUUGUCAGUAACUUUGAUCCUGGCUGGAUAUCUCAUGGCUAUUAUCAUCCUCCAGCAUUUCGUGCGCCUAGAAUCUCGGAUCAUCAAGGCCUUCUUUUCCAUUAUGCUGAUCAUUCUCUCCAUCCCAGCUCUUGUGGUUCUGAGACAGGAAUCCAAAACCCUCCGGCAUCGCCAUCGCGAAGAAGUUGAUGUUGAUCUAAUGGAAAACGCAGCGAUAGAAACUCCUCAAAUAGAUUAUCAAGACGUAGAUCCUCCGGAUCAUGAAGCAGACGCCGCUGCUCCAGCUAUCGCCUCGCACAUUUCGAUCUUCUUCAUUAAAGGAUCGCCCGUCAAGCGAGGAGACGAUUUCACAAUCCUCCAGGCGCUCUGUAGCAUCGACAUGUUUCUCAUCUUCGUGGCUUCAACCUGUGGCAUUGGCGCUGUGCUAACUGUGACCAACAAUUUCGGCCAGAUUGGAACGUCCCUUGGCUACUCCCAGGCCGGAACAAACACUUUCAUCGCCCUCCUUAGCAUCUGGGACUUCAUCGGUGGCGUUGGCGUUGGCUUCAUCUCGGAUAUAUGCCUCGCCAGCUAUGGCGUCGCAAGGCCCUUCUUCCUGUGCCUGGUUCUCUUGCUUCUCUCGCUUGGGAGCUUGAUAAUCGCUCUUGGGCUUCCCGGAGCGCUCUUCUACAGCUCGGUUUUGAUUGGGCUGUCAAUCGGUGGCCAGUGGUCGGUUCUUUACACCAUGAUAGCGGAGAUCUUCGGACUCAGGUUCUAUGGGACGCUCCAAAACGUAACUUACGUCGCUAAGGCGCUGGGAACUUAUGUUUUGUCCGUCCGGGUGGCAGGAGUUUUAUACGACCGCGAGAGUAAGCUUGGACCAAGCGAUGGAAGUUUGGAUGGUGAUGAACUCCUUUGCCAUGGACCACAUUGCUACAGAACAACCUUCUUCGUCAUGGCUGGAGUGUGCUUGUUUGCAUCCAUUGUGAGCUUGAUAUUGUGCAUUAGAACAGCAAAGUUUUAUAGCGUCACUCUUCGAAAGAGACUAACUGGUAAAUAA